ACUAGGAAGUGUAUUUCUCUGCUUUCACAGGGCUAUGUUGUCCGCAUCAGUGGUGGCAAUGACAAACAAGGCUUCCCCAUGAAGCAAGGUGUCCUGACUCACGGACGUGUCCGCCUUCUGCUCAGUAAGGGCCACUCGUGCUACCGCCCCAGAAGAACUGGAGAGCGGAAACGCAAAUCCGUUCGUGGUUGCAUUGUUGAUGCCAACUUGAGUGUUCUGAACUUGGUCAUUGUGAAGAAAGGUGAAAAGGAUAUUCCUGGACUGACAGACACAACUGUGCCUCGUCGUCUUGGUCCCAAGAGAGCCAGCAGAAUCCGCAAGCUGUUCAAUCUCUCUAAGGAAGAUGAUGUCCGCCAGUAUGUUGUGAGGAAACCUCUGAACAAAGAGGGCAAGAAACCCAGGACCAAGGCUCCUAAGAUCCAGCGACUAGUGACUCCUCGAGUUCUGCAACAUAAGCGCAGACGUAUUGCUCUGAAGAAGCAGCGCACUCAGAAGAAUAAGGAGGAAGCAGCAGAAUAUGCCAAGCUCUUGGCCAAGAGAAUGAAGGAGGCCAAGGAAAAACGGCAGGAGCAGAUUGCCAAGAGACGCCGGCUUUCUUCAUUGAGGGCUUCUACAUCUAAAUCUGAGUCGAGUCAGAAGUAAAGAUGUAUAUGAUAAUAAAAAUAAACCCUUUUUGUGGCUAACUUUCA